AUGUUCCACAAGUGUGUCAGCUUCAAAUACAAUCAGGCUGACGGCACGAUAGUCACCCCAUAUGGAUCAAUUUGUGAUUACGUGGCACACUACUGCGCCGAAUUCACCGAGGCGUGUGGUCAAUCACAUAUCCCUACUUCAGCACAAUACUUCCUCUUCCUUACAGUCGUUAGCAACAAUUCCAGCACUCAUAAGUGGCUCAACAGCCUUCGCCAUUCCGACACCGAGUCAAACAAGUCCGUUCUAAUCCCCGGGUUCUCCAACUUCGUCAUCUCAGAGAAUCUACGUCUCGCUAGUCAUCCCAGCUACCCUUUCGACGAUGUGCUUAUAACACAAACGCUCUCCGAUAAGGUAGUGCCUCCGGCAACAACACUCAACACAAGAAGCCAUUCUGUACUUACCAUCAGCGUAAGACAGUGCACACUGCAGAACAAUGCUAUUUCAAACCCCGCCAACGCUAAUCAGCCAAUGCGGUCAGCGCUCUAG